UAAGCCCUUUGCUAACAGUCAUUUUCAUAACGUCCAAAUCAUAACUUGGUAUUAAAAUUCAAAAGUUGGCCUCCGGUGAUGCUGCGAUGAGCGAACCUCUCUCGGGUCCCUGGCUGCGUUUUGUGUACAACGGCCUGUUGCUGAGCACGGCGGUUUGUUCCGGCCGUAAAAUGCAGCCGGAGAAGCACCCCUUCGCCCUGGUCGCUUGCGUGGUGGUCGGAUUCUCUGCGGUUUUCGGAUUGCUCCGGGUGAUCUUCGCCAGCGGACAGCCGGAGGAGUGCCGAAAGCUGAGGGACAUAACGCAUGGUGUCCUGGAACUGGUACCUUUGCCCCUGUCCAAUAUGGAUCUCUACAUGCAGUCCACCGGGUUAAGUGCCAUAGCAUUGGGGCAUGCCUUCUUCGUGCUGCCCCUGGUUUGCGAUUUGGGUUGCUGCCUGGCGAAAAGUCGGCGAGAUUGUGCCUUUAGCGACAGCUUGCGAAAUCUUACGGUUCUCGGCAACAUUGUAUCACUCGGAUUUCUGGCCUACGUGGAGCGGAAUUUCCUUUAUCUGCGGAUGAUGUUGGUCAUGAUUGUGGUCAAGUAUGGAGUUGUUCUGGUGGACAGCAUCAAAGAGGACGCCGGCGAGGAUCUGCAGGUGUGCGGCACAGCCCUCUUUUUGCACCUUCUCGGCAAGGCUGUGGAGUCCUCCACCUCCUGAUCCUUGGUUUAACCCCUGACCGCUGUUUGCUUCAAGGGUUUCCUUGUCCCGCUUAAUUUUCCAUGAAUUCAGUUUUGACCCGUAUUAAAUUUCAUUUCAGCCGAUUUUCAA